AGUAUGUAAAUUAUUUAUUUAUUUAUUUUUGUUUCUUUUCUUUAAGUUUUCUUUCUGAGAAGCUUUUUAGUCCAACCAGCUGAAUCAUAAGUUACUGUCCACCCAGUGAAUUACAUCCAACCUUCUUAUAGGUUGGCUUCACCAGGAGAACAGUGAUUUGUUUUACGGUGGUAUGGUAGCAGCAAAAUGUUAGCCUUGAGUGGUUGUUAGAAUGAGUAAAAUUCCCUUCCCUGGACGCUUUGUUUACAUUUACAUGGCUGUUCAAAGUACCCCUUCAGCCAUUUUAACUGCUUUGACCAUUUUAAAAAUAUAACUCAAUGGUCAGCUACUUUCGGUCCGUUGAAAUGGUGUGAGCAUUCCUCUAACUGAUAAUAGCAUAAGAAAUUGUACAACUGGAUUCAUGAUCUAUGCUUGAUUUUCACAGAUACAUUGAUAGCUGUGGGCUAAGUGGCCAGAUUCCUUCAACAUUUGCCCACUUGAGAAAACUGAAUAUCCUGUGGGCAUCUGAUAACAACUUCACAGGAAAAAUACCUGAUUUCAAUGGGAGUCGGGCUCUCAAUUAUUUGAGUAUGCAAGGCAAUGCUUUCGAGGGUCCCAUUCCAUCGAGUUUUUCUAAUUUGAUCUCACUGAUAUAUUUGUGAGUGUCAGUGUUUAUUAACUUGUUUUAAUCUUC